UUAAUAUCUGAUCCAACAGUAUUGUUGUGCCACUGCAAUUGCUAUGUGGCUGAAGAUCAGCAAUUUCAAUGGCUUGAAAAGGUUUUUAGCUGUAUGCGGGAGGAGGAUCUGCAAGUAACCAUUCUUUCAACAUGUCCCGUAACUGAUUAUAAAACCCCUGAAUCCACUUUAACACUUCCUUCUCCUUUUCUGAAAGCUUUAAAGACAAAAGAUUUCAAAGAGACCAUCUGUUGUCCACUGCUGGAGCAGCCAAAUAUUGUACAGGGUCUCCCUGCUGCUGUUCUGAGUUAUUGUCAAGUAUGGCAGAUUCCUGCAGUGCUGUAUCAGUGUUACACGGAUGUCAUCAAACUGGACACUGUUACAAUUGAAGCAUUCAAGCCUGUGCUUUCUUCUAAGAACCUGAAGAGUUUAGUCAAGGAUAUGUCCAGAAGUGCAGAGAUACUGAAGAAAUUAGUGACAACCAAUGAAAUUCAUAACAACAUCUAUACUUAAAGAUAAAGUGGACACUUAUCACCAACCAGUACAUUGAAGUCUGAUGUGUGCUUUUGUCAACUCCAAUUGCUUAUUUGA